UUCGCUGUCAUCGCUCUUCUUCUUGAUCGGCAUAAGCAAAAGUUUUCCAAAAGUCAUCGAGCUGAUUUGGUUUCAAGAUUGGCCAUUAUAUUAUAGAUAAUUAAUAAUAAAUAAGAAAAAUAUGCCAUCCUUGGAGGUAAAUGUAAACAAGGUGAUUGUGCACCCACUGGUGCUACUCUCUGUGGUGGACCAUUUCAACCGCAUGGGAAAGAUUGGCAACCAGCGGCGAGUGGUCGGUGUAUUAUUGGGUUGUUGGCGUUCUAAAGGAAUACUUGAUGUGUCCAACAGUUUUGCUGUACCCUUCGAUGAGGAUGACAAAGAUAAGUCAGUAUGGUUUUUGGAUCAUGAUUAUUUGGAGAACAUGUACGGCAUGUUCAAAAAAGUGAAUGCACGCGAGCGUGUUGUUGGUUGGUAUCACACUGGUCCUAAACUACAUCAAAAUGACAUUGCCAUAAACGAGUUGAUACGCCGCUAUUGCCCCAAUUCAGUACUGGUGAUAAUCGAUGCAAAACCCAAAGAUUUAGGUCUGCCUACAGAAGCAUAUAUUGCAAUUGAGGAGGUACAUGAUGAUGGUUCGCCCACGAGUAAAACCUUCGAACAUGUACCAAGCGAAAUUGGAGCAGAAGAAGCUGAAGAAGUGGGUGUUGAACAUCUACUACGCGACAUCAAAGACACUACAGUUGGUAGCCUCUCACAAAAAAUCACCAACCAAUUAAUGGGUCUCAAGGGAUUAAACGCGCAGUUGCAUGAUAUUAAAAAUUACUUGCAGCGCGUGGGUGAUGGAAAAAUGCCCAUUAAUUAUCAAAUAGUUUACCAAUUACAGGAUAUAUUCAACUUGCUACCCGAUAUCACAAGCGAACAAUUCACGGAGACUAUGUACGUCAAAACAAAUGAUCAAAUGCUGGUCGUUUAUUUGGCGUCUAUGGUACGUUCCAUCAUCGCAUUGCACAAUCUCAUCAAUAACAAGCUAACGAAUCGUGAUGCAGAGGAGGGCAAAAAAGUGGACAAAGACGCAGAGAAAGAGAAAGAGAAGAACAAGGACAAAGAUAAGGAUAAGGAUGGCAAAGAUGUAAAGGACAAAGACAAGAAGAGCGAUGAGAAAUCUGCUAAAAGCACGGAAGAUAGUGGCAAGGGUGCUAAGAAAUAGGAACGAAAGAAUAGGAAGAAACCACAUCGUAAGAAGAAGAAGAAUAAGAAGAAUCAUUAGAGCGUUAAAAUUUUAAUAGUGGAAGCGCAAGGAAGUUUAACAAAAAACCGAAGAACUUGCAAUAUGAAGUGGAGGAGAGUAAUAUGGAAAAAAUAAAAAAUAUUAAAAAUAAUUAAAUGCAGCCUACACUCCCUCAUGUUCAUGAUUUUAGUUUAAUGUUACGCACGUACUUUACAUACAAUUUAAAGCAAAAAAGCGAAAAACAAACUUGAAUAUCCAAUAAAUGUGUGCAGUGCAUGUGGCACUACGAAAUACACACUAAAUUCCAAAAUAUAAAAAUGCAAAACAUUUCACUUCUGAACCACAGCCGAUGGUUGCGCAAGCUGGUAAUUUCAAUCUGCAAUACGUUAAGUAUGAAAUAAGACUGAUGUUUUGAAUUUUUACAUUUUGGAUAAUACAACUAAUAAUUCAA